CGGGGUUCUCAAGCAUACAGGAAGGGGAGAGAGCUGUUAGCUAGCAGACAGCGGACAACUGUAAACAACUCACUUUUAUGAACCUCACAAAUCAAACAUACCUUACGCUGACUUGCUCAUCCAUUUGCAUGGCAUUUAAAAUGUUGCUUUAAAUGCUUGUUUAGCUGUAGACCGCAGACUGUUGAAGUAUUACCGCAGGUUUGCGUUAUUUACAGAGCAGGGAUGCAAGCAGCUAGAGAAGCGCGCACCCGACUGCUCAGCUAAAGCUUCUGUCAACACGAACCGCUUUGCUCUCUUCAUUUCUCUCUUCUGUCUUAACAUUAAACACUGUAGAAAGGACCGGUCAUGUGUUACGGAAUGAAAUAGUACCAAUAUGACUGUUAGCGAUGUUUUGAACGGUUUGUUAGCUUGCCGAAGGUUUGUUUUCUCAGUUAGCAUAUAAGCUAAAGCUAUCUCCAACAUCAUCGUACAAAAAGCCCAUAACUGUAGAUUAAUGUGUUCUUUUAUUGACGUAAUGCCUGUAAAAGGGUGUACUAUCGGUCUAAAACAAAUUCUUCGACAGGUUUCAGGUUAAACUAAUCUAAGCCAUGGUGACAGGCUAACUAUACCGAGGAAUAUUUCACUGGCUGGAAGAAAAAAACAGGAGUGUGGUUAUGUCAAAUACAGUAGUAUUAUGUUAAAUGGCGUAGAAAGGAGUCUCCAUAAACAAGUCUUUGAGCUGGCUGGCUACUAUGGAAGUUCCUGGAAGUGUCAAUGUAAUGCAGAUGAAAGUCCACAGCAGCAAGUUUAAUGGACACCAACAACUGCUGAGAUGAACUAACCAGGAAUCAAAUGGUUUUGAAAACCUUCAAUCAUGGGUGAUAUGAAGACACCUGAUUUUGAUGAUCUCUUGGCUGCCUUUGACAUCCCUGAUGCGACCAGUCUGGAUGCCAAAGAAGCCAUUCAUGGGAAUCAAGAUGAGGGAGAGGGACACCUGAAGCACUCAGAGAUGUGUAUGGAUGCCACAGUUUUGAUCCCUCACCCAGUGCCUACAACUGAUGUCCCUGUUGUCAGUGUUAUAGUAAAGAACACCAGUCGUCAGAACUCCUAUGAAAAUCUUGUGGAGAAGGAGAGCUCUCAUUUGGGGCAGCUUUUACAAAAUGGUUUCAAAACUUCUGCAGGCUCACUGGAGACACAUCUCUCUAGCUAUCCAAGGCUGGAUAGCUCCUCUGUCAAUGGGGACUGUUCAAGACAUUCCUUGGAAAAAAUUCCCACCCUCUACAAAGCUGAAAAAGUUCCCACUCAAUCAGCAUCUAUGCCUCAGUUUAGCCCAAUAUCUAGCCCGGAAUCUGAAGACAUUCAAAGCAAUGGAAUCAAUGACCGUCCAAAAUCUACAGAGACGUCGUACUUCUCGUCUAAUUCACUCUUUACAUCUUCGACUCUUCCUGUUUUAGACAGUCGUGGAAAUCCAGAUGCAUCCAGCUUGACAGACAAGUGCAAUGAAAGAAAUCAUGGUUCAAAAGGUGUGGAUGAUCUCGAGUAUGAUGGCUCAUCAAAAAAAUAUGAUUCUGUGACUGAGAGGGACUGCAUCCAAGAUUGUGGAACAAAUGCAUAUUCAACCCUUGAGGCGACUAGUCCUUCUUCCCGUCAAUGCGACAAAGCUCAUUCUUCCAGAUUGUCCUCUUGUCUUGAUGCAUUAGUAGCCCUAAAUGCUAAAAAGGAUCCUGGUGGGCAAACUAAUUCAAGGGACUUUCCAGUUACCCCAAAAGAGACCAUGAAAAUUAGUCCAAAAAUACCUAUUUCGCCAAGGAGCCCAAGAAGUCCUCUAGACGUGGUGAAACGUUUCGUGAAACAGCCUGACAGCCCAAUGAGUAUAUGCAGUGACAGCAGUGGUAAAGCAUCUCCAGCUGUUGCUACUGGCUCGCCUCCAGCAAUCCCACGAGUCAGAAUAAAGACAAUCAAAACCUCAUCUGGAGAAAUCAAACGCACCGUCACAAGCAUAUUGCCAGACUCUGAGACCGAAGAUCUCACGUCACCGUUUGGGUCUUCGCCAUCUCAGUCCUCUGUUGAAGAUGCCUUCUCGAAAACAUUGCCUGUGUAUCGGUCAAAUGAUAUCAUUUCGGAGGUCAUUUUUGAAGAUGGAAAUCAGGAAGCCUCGAAGACCGCUUUGUUGGGGAGCAAAUCCACCCCGAAAUUGGUAAGGAGCUCAAAGAAACCCCAAACCCAAAAUAAUAGUCAUAACUUAAAGACAACACAUGGUGGAAACAAGCAAAGGAAGGCUUCUUCUGCUCAGAUGGGUUCUUCUGCUAAUACAAACUACCUUCCAAAGGCAUUACAUUUAGCAAACCUAAAUCUAGUCCCACAUAGCGUGGCUGCCUCGGUUACCGCAAGGUCUUCCACUAACAGACAGGAGCCCUCUCAUUUAUCAUCGUCAAUGGUGUGCAGUUCUGUACCAUUGGUGCAUCAAGUUAAAAAAGUCUCCCCAAACACACGAGCUGUUGUCUCAAAUACUGCAGCUGGAACCUUAAACAGACUGUUGAAUUACUCAAACCCAGUGCCAACAUAUGUUCCUGACCUGAGUCCACCACCAGGCACCAAUAUCAAGCUCCCACCACAAGGCUAUUGCUGCCUAGAAUGUGGAGACUCGUUCGGGCUGGAAAAGAGCCUUGCAUAUCAUUACAGCCGGAGGAGUGUGCAUAUUGAAGUCGCAUGCACACACUGCUCCAAAACAUUGGUGUUUUUCAACAAAUGUGCUCUCCUGGCACAUGCUCGUGAACACAAGAACAAAGGGAUGGUGAUGCAGUGCACUCAGUUGUUCAUGAAGCCCAUUGCUAUUGACCAUAUGUUGAUACCCACCAAACCUAAGCAGUCCGUGACUCAGAUCCCUUGCGGGAGCAACACCACCGAGUCAUCCAAAGGCCAAGCAGUCUUGCCACUUUAUCCCGACAAAGUUAUUACACAUGGAUUCAAAUGUCUGGACUGUAAUAAACAGAUGUCAGACUACACAGCACUUGCAGGUCAUUAUCAGAGAUCUUCGGAGGCUGAAGGUCUGAUGUGCAAGGUUUGCUCAAUGCUGCUACCCAACAAGUGCAGCUACAGGGCCCAUCAACGCAUUCACACACACAAAUCCCCUUAUUGCUGUCCUGAAUGUGGGGCAAUCAGUCGCUCGGCGGACAUCCAGAAGCAUGUGAAAGAGAAUUGUCUCCAUUUUGCCCGUAAAAUUGGUUACUCGUGUCUGCAUUGUGAAAUGCUUUUCAUGUCACUGUCCCUCUUGAAGACUCACAUUGAGGAGAAACAUUGUCAGGUCUUCUAUAAGUGCACUAAAUGUCCUGUAGCCUUCAAAACUUCUGACGGCUGUCUGCUGCAUGUAAAAAACAAACAUGGCGGCAGGGAACCCAGCCAUCAGAUGAUCUACAAGUGUUCCUGUGAAACAGUCUUUAAGAGGAAGCAGCUGUUGUAUCAACAUUUUCAUCACCGUAUUUGUGUGUUCAAGUGUCCAGAGUGCACUUCAUUCUUCCCAGAGAAACUACUUUUGGUGCAACAUUUUAAGGCUAUUCAUGGUGGCGUUUUCAGAGGUGAAGCUGAAAAAAACCCUAAAAAGACAGAGACGAUGUCUUUCUCUGAUAAAUUGUCACCAGAAAACUCCCAACCACGGUUGACCAAACCGGUUAAGGAAGCCAGCAUGAAGGGAAGAGAGAGUUCUGCUGCACAGAAGUCAAGUGCUGUAGAUAGCAUGAAGAACACUGGUUGGACCUGUGGAGAAUGCCUCCUGUGGGUCCCUGACAGGGAGACCUUCGUCAAUCACAUGAAGACCAGCCAUGGCAGGUCUGUAAAGAGGCAUCCUUGUCGACAAUGUGAAAGGUCGUUUAAUUCAUCCUUGAGUCUUAAACGACACAUUCGCAGUGACCACGAUGGGAAAAAGAAGGUUUACACAUGCUGGUACUGUACAAAUGAGAGGAUAUCCUUCACUAAACACUCUAUGCUUAAGAACCACAUCAGCUUGAUGCAUGGAAUCAAGAACCCAGAUUUCAGCCAGAUGGCAAAGCCAGCAUCUCGGGAAGUGGGCAAACCCACAGGCCAGAGGCCGAAAAGAAGAGCAGAGGAGGCCCAUGGAGUUGCAGGAAAUGAGGGAACAUCACACAAUACCCCUGCCAAGCGGCCUAAGCCACUUUAUCGCUGCGCCAAAUGUGGCUUUACCUCUGAAAACCAGGCCCAGUUUCAGGAACACAUACCUCAACACAGAACCGAUAGCGACACACCCCAGUGCCAACACUGUGGCCUUUGUUUCACAUCUCAGCUAGCACUCAGCAGACACCUCUUCAUUGUACACAAGGUCAAAGAACCAGAGGAGCAUGAGGAGACUGGGAAAGACCGAGAAAACUCAACAGACUUGAGCGAUGAAACUGUACCUCAUUUGCCAAAAAAGACUGGUCUGUCCACAGUGGAGGAGCAAUGCAGACCCCACACCGAGCCCACAGACAGCAACAACACACAGGCAUCAGAAACAAGUGGAUUUGAGGAAGAAAAAGACUGAAUAGUAGAAAGGACUCCAGUGGAAAGCUGCUAAUCAACUUAAUUGCAAGCAUGUGAUCGCAGAAUAUGCAGCUUAUAAAUGGGGUACUGAAAACGUGUUGCCUUACAGUCAAAUACUAUAUCUCAAGUCACAUGUAUCACAUAUAUUAAAUAAUGUUUCAUUGCAUUAUUUGGAUUAACUUAAUUGUUCCAUUCAUGCAAAUAAUUGUCACUUUUUACUGCUUCUAUGUUCAUCCUAUGUAUGUGGAUAAUCAUAAUUUAUUUUUGUGUAAUUGCGAAAGCUUCAUGUCAGUGUGUUUCAAUGUUUCUUUACAUAGCAAUUGUAUGUUUUUGUUCAUGUACCAUGUCAAAUCUGUCUUGGGUACAUUACAAUGCAGGAAAUAUUAUGUAUGUUACAUAUCGUAGCCAUAAGUGGGACAGUCAUGUAAUAUUAUGGCUGUUUUCAGGGUCACCAAAAAUGUUGAAGUCCCUUUGACGGUCAAUAGUUGGUGAUGUGAUUAUGAUGUGCUGGUCUUGAAGGAAGGGCAUGUCUGAUGAUGUUUAUUUUAUAUUUAUUAGGUAGUGUAAUUGUAUCACAAAGCUAAACAUCUGUAACAGUAUUUGCUACUAUGGAGAUUACAUUAUUCUGAAAGGUAUUCACUUAAACCCAGGUAUCUGCACUCAGAGAAGAUAUAUUUUCAUAUUCAUUCCAUGUAGAUUACUCAUUUAUAUUCAAUGAGCCAUUCUUACAAUCAAAUUUAGCACUUUUGUAAAUGCUUGUAUGGAAAAAAGAAUUUACAUAUUAAAGACAUCGGAGACUCAACUUUA